AUGGGUGGCGUGUGGUCCUUAAGAAACUUGUCAAUUUCGGUCCCUCGUGCAGUCCUGUCUGGCGAGGGUCAGUCGGCGGUCCUACAAUGCUCUUAUGACCUGGAAGGUGCUGCCCUUUACUCCAUACGGUGGUACCGGGCGGAGAUAGAGUUCUACAGAUACGUCCCGAGGGAGAUGCCACCGUAUAUGAUCUUCCCACUGCCCGGGGCGUCGGUUGAUCUAGCUCAGUCUGAUCACCAACAAGUCCGAAUCGUGAACCUGAACCGGCGACUAAGUGGUGACUAUCAGUGCGAGGUGUCCGCUGACGCACCACUCUUUCAUACUGACAUACGAUCUGCACCAUUAACUGUUGUUGAUCCGCCGUUCCGGGCGCCUCGGAUUACAGUUGCACAAAGAAGCUACUCCCGAGGUGACAUCAUUCGUGCCAACUGCACCGUUGAUGAAGCAUAUCCUGCUCCCAACAUCACGUGGAUACUUGACGACCAUAAGAUAGCAGAGACCAUAUCAUGGCGAUCAUCAGAAAAUGACUUCAAGGAACGGGGAGCCUUCAGCCAUCUGGAGCUGACGCUAUUGGAAAACCAGCAGUACCAGGUGGGAUUGACGUACACCAGUGCGGGCCUGCAUCGGGUGUAUCAGGACCAUGCCGUAUAUGGACAGCAGAAUGAGGAUCUAAAUGUUGUCAGAUACACAUUGGUACCUCCGGAUAGCAGUCAGUUCACCUUGGGAUGUGUGGCAACUAUUUUUGACAUCUAUGCGCGACAGAGCGAGCCCGUCUAUAUUAAAGAAGAUACUCCACAUCCCGCUUCAGUCACGGGAGAGGACUCCUCAGGUGCCAAAAUUACGAGCAGCCUAGUAACAUCUCUUUGGACCAUGCUAUUGGUGCAAGCGUUAUGA